AUGGUUACCGGAGCGUCGUACACGGCCCUGACCGCACCUGCGUGCCAUGAUAUGGUUGCUGCCGUCCGAGUCAGAGACCUCUACUUGGUGCCCGUGGUUCCUACGCUUGAAGACCAGAUGCUGGCGAGCCCAGAGGGACGUCGGAUCCUCAAGGAGAGGCCGUGCGUCACUGUGAAGACCGUUGACAUGAACUACCUCGCAAUCCUUCCCCAGAAUCCAUUCGGGCGCACUUAUAUGACCUGGCUGGAACAAUGCAACGUCACAUCUACCACCCACGAACCAGUGAUGCAGCUCUAUCGCGAAUCGCGCGACCUCUACCACUGCCUCGUCGAUUUCCCCGUCGACGUCACGUCCGAGCUCGCCGUCAAGUCGUUCGAAUUCACCAACCUCGGGCUGCCCAUGGCCGGCUUCGCCGCCGCGUCCGGGCACCUCUGCAUCAGGUCUGCGAAGCGGGCUUGGCUGCUCAGGGAGUAUGACAAGGACGAGCUGAAGAAGGAGCUCGGGUUGUGGGAUGCACCGGCUGCGAAAUGGCCCAAGCUGCGACCUCACGCGACGGAACAUGUAGGCGCUUGAGUGGAGUAGCGUUCGGUUGGUGUGCAUC